AGUCAGGGCUUCGAGGGGGUGGGAAGGGUUGCGCUUCCCUGUUCUAUCACAAGGCAGAAGAUGGAGAGACCGACAGGACUCCAGCUUAAAAUGGAGCCGAGCAGCCCCGGCCAAUCCAGUUCAUUCACAUCGGACGCGUUUCCAGUGGACAUUUCGGCACAGCCGGGUUUCUCCUAUAAUCAGACAUCGCAGCAAGGCAUGGAUUUCGAUUUAGAGCCUCAGUUGCGUGCUCGGAGCAACACGUGGCCCCUACAUCGCCCCGAGGACCUCAAGGACGAACCGUGCCAGGCCUCGGCUCCUAACUCCACCGACUCUAGGGGCUCUGCCAAAGUGGGAGAAGUGCCGAAAAAGAGCACGAGUCGACGGAAUGCCUGGGGAAACAUGUCCUAUGCCGACCUCAUCACCCAAGCCAUUCAGUGCUCUCCGGAACAGAGACUCACCUUGUCCCAAAUCUACGACUGGAUGGUCCAAAACGUCCCCUAUUUCAAGGACAAGGGUGACAGCAACAGCUCUGCCGGGUGGAAGAACUCGAUCCGACACAACUUGAGCCUACACAACCGGUUCAUGCGCGUCCAGAACGAGGGGACGGGGAAAAGCUCGUGGUGGAUGAUCAACCCGGACGCGAAGCCCGGGAAGGCGGCCCGGCGCCGGGCCACUUCCAUGGAAACCUCCAAAUAUGAGAAGAAGCGGGGACGGGUGAAGAAGAAGGUGGAGGACCUGAGGAACGCCAACGGGAUCCCUGGACAUCCGGAUUCUCUUUCCCUGUCCCUGGGAUCCCAUUCCCCCGCCUCCUCUUCCUCAGUCUCCGAGGGUCUCGACCUCUUCCCCGAAUCUCCCCUUCACCAAGGUUUCCCCGGGGAGUUUCGAGCGCGUACGGCGUCGAACGCGUCGAGCGGGGGGAACCGCCUGUCCCCAAUCUCGGGCGCGAUGGAGCCCGACUCCACGGGUGGGGCAUCGGGCGCCUCGGGGGAUGGGGGCAACGGAGGAGGAACGAGCACGGCCGGUUGGCCACACCACCACAUCCCCGGAGGAUCCGAGUUUCCGCACGGCGGCAUGGUCUACGCCCCUCGCCCCGUCGACGCAUACCUCUCACACCAGCUGGCGGACAACCUCGCCGAGGGAAUGAAGUUGGCCGAACAGCCUGGAUUCUCUUCGCCACUUGGCAGCAACGGGUACAGCAGCAGCGGAGUGUACGGUUCCGGAGGAGCAUUCCACCCGACCGAUUUCCACGGGAAGCUCAUAGCCCCCCAGCGCAGCCCUCAGCUCCCACCGACACCCCCCAUGUCCUCGUACAGUCUCCAGGCCGUGUCGCCCGCAUACGGGAGUCCAGUGACGAGCCAACCCGGGCCGGAUGUGACGGUGAGCAGUGGUGGCUUCUCGUUCUUCGGUGCGACUGGAAUCCCGUCAAUUGGGCUCAGGGCUGCGUUGGCCUCGGAGAAGGCCCCCGGGAUUUGCCCCAACGAGUCCCCUACCACGAUGAUGGGACAGCUCAUGGGUGCCGCGCUCAACAACGGCACCUCCACCACCUGUGAUAUUGACCUCAACCUCGACAGUUUCCACGGUGGACUGGAGUGCAAUGUGGACGAGCUGAUAAAGCAGGAGCUGAGCAUGGAGGGGAGCCUGGACUUCACGUUCCCACAUCCACAGGGAAGUGGGUCGGGAGGCGAGGCUUCUGUCACAGUCUCCUCUGCCGCCCCACCAGGAUCCUGGGUCCGCUGACCUGUUCUAUCCCCAAAAUGUCAAUGCAAAACAUUUACUCAGUGUUGAAAUUAUGAGCUCUGUGAUGUGUCAUCGUGCUCCAUUGUUCAUCUCCACCUCUGCUCUGUUCCACUGCCCCCCCAUGACGAAGAUGAAUGUAAUUUCAAGCUCAAGCUUACUGUCUUGGCUGAGAUAUUUCCAGUGCAGGGAUUAUAAUAUUUGCUUCUAGUUGACAAAUUUGUAAAGAGAAAGAAUGAAAGUUGCAAAACAAAUUUUAUUUAGUUUGCUCACAAUUUUGUAGGUUGUUGGUAGGUUUGGUCUGUACAUAUAAACCAGAUUUUCUUUCCUCUUUUUGCCAGCAAGAUUUUUUUCUGCUUUCGUGCCCCAGUUCUUGUGUUUCCGUUAUGUUUUAUAAUAAUGGCAGAAGUUCUUUCUGCAAAAUUUUCUCUUCCCUGUCUCUAUCUAUGCCACAAGAGGCAAGGAAUUAAUAAACAAGUGUUCGAUGUCCCGUGUGUUCUGACUGCACGCAAGUACAAGCCUGUUUUCUGUUCAUUGUUACGGUCUCCGAUGUCUUUGCGUGUGCCGUCCGAAUCGACAGAGAAUGAACUAUUGAUGUCUGAAUCGCUUAUUGACUUGAAAACUCUUCCCAUGGUAGAAUUUUCUCUCUUCAAAAAACACAUAUCCGUUUUCUCUCGUUCGUGUACAAUGGGUCUUCGAUGAGACGAGAUGAUAUCUCAUGAGAAGGAAUAAAAGUCAUAUUCAUGGUUUUCCC